AUGAAUACGCUUGGAAGUACUGGCGGGUGGCUUCAAAAGCGUGGCAAAUUGGGUUUCUGGUCUCCCAAGUUCUGCAAGCUUGUAGGAUCACAGCUUGUCAUUUCAAAAUCAGAAAAAGUAAACAAUGUUGAAUUUUUAAUUGAAAUUACUCCAGAUACCAAAAUUGAUAUUGUCAAAGAUCCUAAAAAGCAUCGAUUUUCCAUUCAAGAUGCCAAUGGUGAAGUUUCCGUUUUUGAAGCGCGAAAUAAUGAUGAAAUGAUGUCAUGGAUUUUACUCUUGCGCAGUAUUACGUUCUCUAAUCCAGACCUUAACAUGGAUUGUUUUGAAGUAUUAAGUGUGAUCGGGCGUGGAUUUUAUGGAAAAGUUCUUCUUGUUAAAUGCAAGAGAACUGGUGAAUUAUUUGCUAUCAAAUCCAUUCGCAAGUCAAUUCUCAUUGAACAGAAUAAGAUAAGAAUUGUAUUAUCCGAACGUAAUAUCAUGGUAAAGUCCCAUCAUCCAUUUAUCGUUCAAUUGAAGUUCGCUUUUCAAACGCAAUCCAAAUUCUAUCUUGGUCUUGAAUAUGUUCCCGGUGGUGAACUCUUUACACAUAUUUAUCGCGAUGGUUUCUUACAACCUCGUGAAUAUCAACUUGUCAUUGCACAAGUUGCCCUCGCUUUGCAAUAUUUGCAUAGUAUAGGUAUCAUUUAUAGAGAUAUGAAGCCUGAAAAUAUAUUAAUUGACGCUGACGGAUAUGUCAAACUGACCGAUUUCGGUCUUUCAAGGGAUAUUACGAUUGAUGAGUCUGCCUCGACAUUUUGCGGUACUCCAGAAUACAUUGCUCCAGAAGUUAUCAAGAGAUUACCUUAUGAUACGGCAAUUGACUGGUGGGGACUUGGAAUUUUGACUUAUGAACUUAUUUAUCAUAAUCCUCCUUUCCGUAGUACGAACAAUCAGCAGCUCUUCCAGAAAAUCUUAAAAGAUGAAGUUCCAUUUCCUGACAAUGCAAAUCCAAUUGAAGUCAAUUUCAUCAAAGGAUUAUUAAGAAAGGAUCCAAAGAAGAGAUUCUGCUUUGAAGAAAUCGCUUCAAAUGAGUUUUUCUCCGGAUUUAAUUUUGAUGAUGUUUUGAACAAGAGAAUUACUCCUCCUUAUAUUCCAACCCUUGAAGAUAAGGCAAAUGUCAAGUAUUUCGAUAAUGAAUACACUUCUGAACAAAAAAUGGAUUCAUUUGUUCCUCCUGUUAUGGGAGAUGAAGCUGAUGUCCCUGGAUUUUCCUUCUAUGGUGCUGAUACUGAUAUUGCUAACCCAGAUAAUUCAAUUCUUGCUGACUAA